AUGGGCGGGUUUCCCCGCAACCGGUAUGGGGGAACCCCCGCCCAAGCUCCGGGCAGCCGCCGCGACGUCGUGGCCGGAGCUGCUCGCGCCAUUCGACCUCUCUCGCCUCCGAUCCACGCUCUCCUCCCGCCCGCUCACCCCGCACCGUCUCGGGCGCCUCCUCGCGCUGCCGCUGUCCCCGGCCACCUCCCUCCUCCUCCUCCAGUGGUACGCCGCCUCCCACCCCGUCCUCUCGUCGCACCCCCUCCGCCCCUUGCUCGCCGCCGCCGACGCAGACCCAGAGCGCGCGCUCUCCCUCCUUGAAUCCCUCCCCUCCUCCCGCCACCCCCCUCUCCGGGAGACCCUCCUCAUACCGCUCCUGCGCUCCUUGCCCCCUGGCCGCGCCCUCCACCUGCUCGACCAGUUGCCCAGCCGCUUCGCCGUCUCGCCGUCCUUCCGCUCGUACAACACCGUCCUCGCGGCACUGGCCAGGGCGAACUGCCACGCCGAUGUGCUCGCGCUCUACCGCCGUAUGGUCCACCGGGACCGCAUCCCGCCCUCCACCUUUACCUUCGGUGUCGCUGCGCGCGCGCUCUGCCGCCUCGGACGUGCUGAUGAGGCGCUCGCGAUGCUCCGCAGCAUGGCGCGGCAUGGGUGUGUGCCCGAUGUGGUGCUCUAUCAGACGGUCAUCCACGCCCUGUGUGAGCAGGGUGAGGUCGCCGAGGCUACCACGCUCCUUGAUGAGAUGUUCCUCAUGGGGUGCUCUGCUGAUGUCAACACGUUCAAUGACAUUGUGCACGGGCUAUGCAUGCUUGGGCGUCUCCGCGAUGCUGCGAGGCUUGUGGACAGGAUGAUGAUAAGAGGCUGCGUGCCAAACACCAUGACAUACGGGUUCCUUAUCCAGGGCCUGUGCCGAGCAAGGCAGGUGGAUGAGGCACGCACAAUGCUCGGGAGGGUGCCGGAGUUGAAUGUCGUGUUAUUUAACACGGUGAUUGGCGGAUGUCUUUUGGAUGGGAAGCUAACAGAGGCGACGGAGCUGUAUGAGAUAAUGGGAUCAAAAGGCUGCCCACCAGAUGCACACACUUACAGUAUAUUGAUACAUGGGCUUUGCAAGCUUGGGAGGCUUGGUUCGGCCAUGCGGUUGCUUAGAGAGAUGGAGGAUAAGGGUUGUGCUCCAAACUUAGUGACCUACACGAUCUUGCUGCAUGCUUUUUGCAGGAAUGGCAUGUGGGAUGACAUGAGAGCAACGCUGAAGGUAAUGUUGGCAAAUGGCUUGAGUCUGAAUUCUCAAGGAUACAAUGGAAUGAUUUAUGCUGUAUGUAAGGAAGGCAGGAUGGAUGACGCGAUGUCACUCGUGCAAGAGAUGAAGAGUGAAGGCUGCAAGCCUGAUAUCUGCACGUAUAAUACAAUAAUUUAUCAUCUCUGCAACAAUGGCCAGAUCGAGGAGGCCGUGUAUCUAUUUGAAAAUUUGGUUGACGAGGGUGUUGUUGCGAAUAGAAUAACUUAUAAUACACUCAUUCAUGCACUGUUGUGCAAAGGAAGUUUGCAGGAUGCCAUACGCCUUGCAAAUGAAAUGGUACUUCAUGGUUGUUCGCUUGAUGUUGUUAGCUACAAUGGUCUGAUUAAAGCCCUGUGCAGAGAUGGGAAUGUUGAUCGGAGCAUGGUGUUGCUCGCAGAAAUGAUAGAAAAGGGAAUUAAGCCAAAUAACAUUUCAUACAACCUCUUGAUUAGUGAGCUCUGCAAGACAAGAAGGGUGCGUGAUGCACUAGAGCUCUCAAAGGAGAUGUUAAACCAAGGGCUUACUCCUGACAUUGUCACAUACAACACACUCAUAAAUGGAUUGUGCAAAAUGGGAUGGAUGCAUGCUGCGCUGAAUCUCCUAGAGAAGUUACAUUCUGAAAAUGUGCAUGCAGAUACUAUUACAUACAAUAUCCUCAUUAGUUGGCACUGCAAAGCGAGAUUGCUUGAUGACGCUAAUAUGCUUCUAAACAGAUCAGUGACUGUUGGGAUAACACCUAACGAGCGCACUUGGGGAAUUAUGGUGCAAAAUUUUGUUAGACAGCCACUCAAUUUUUUAUCCGAUGAGGUUGAAGGGCAUUAAUUUCUUUUUGCUGUGUACUGUAUGUUGGUUGUCAUGGCUUUUGGAGUUACCACAACUACAGAUGUUGUAAAGAUCAGAAUGGGCAGCUCAUGGUGUCCAUCAUAAUGUUCAUCAUGCUUGACCUGGUAUGUAUGUUUCCUGUUAUAAUUAGAAGUUUGUACCUUGUAUCCAUUGGCCUUUAGCAUCAUUUGGUUAUUUUGUUGUACCACUAGUAAGCGUGCACGUGCAAUGCAUGUCUCGUUAGAAAUUCGCUAGAAAUCAACAUUUGAAUAUAUGAAGCUUACGUUUUCAAUUUACAUAUAGCGAUACGUGAUCUAAAGUGCGCAAUGAUUUACUGUACAUUGCACGUACAUUGCGAAUUUAAAUCUUGAUGGGAUGUAGUACUCAACAGACUUGCCUAAAGCAUAUUGAGAUUAAAUCUGCCACCAGCAUUGACAAAUCAAGAAUCUUAAUGAACACCCAUAACAUUUCUCCCUUGUUGAGCAAAUAAAAUACCUAUUCCAAUCCAGACGCCUCUAUGGGGCAUAUCAGAUCAUCAUAGUGAACAAAAGAUGUAUAGAUAAGGUAGAAUAAAUCAUACUCCCUCCGUCCGAAAAAGCUUGUCACAAGCUUGUCCCUCAAAUGGAUGUAUCUAGCACUAAGUUGAUGCUAGAUACAUCCAUUUGAGGGACAAGCUUUUUCGGACGGAGGGAGUAAUAUAUUUCUCAUAAUAUUAUGACAACUACGGCUCACCAUCAUUUAACUGUUGAGACUAUCGCCGGUGUUGCCGGAAACACCACCUCCAUAGCUCAGUGUUCUCCUUGACACCGAUCUGCCGGCCUAAUCCUCUUCUUCCGCGUUGUUUAGCUCAUAGAAUACCGUUCCUCAUUCCAGGCUACAUGUUGGUUCUGAUCAAAAGCAGCAAUUAAAAAACAAAUAAUGUUAGCUCAAAUACAUGCUAUAGCAAAUAUAUUUCAGUUGCAGCUUCAUACACAAAGAAUAUAGUAAGAGUGCACAUGCAAUGCACGUCUUGACUAAUGUUAUAACCAGAUUUUCAAAUUCACAUGGAUAUAAAAGAUACUUUGAUAGCACUAAAAACAUAUUACAAAUCGACCUAUAAUUUAAAUGAUUUUCAAGCAACGCUAUAAUUUAGCAUCAUAUGCAUACAGUGAAGACACCUAAUUAUCUCAGUAUUGCCUUAAUACACUAAUCAAUUCUUGUACAACAUCAAGGAUGCAUGUUGUCUGUGGCUUCAUUGUCAAUGUAGUUGAGUAGAUGCACCAAAAGUCGCUUUCUUGCCUCACAACUAUUCUCUUUGAGAACUAUAGGUCGUUAUCUUGAGAGUUUUCAUGAGGUAGAAUUCAAAAAGUUGCAAUAUUAAAUACUCACCUUGCAAAUUGGCUGGUUCAAUUCUUUCUCGUUCCAUGAGUGCAUAAAACCAAAACCAAAAUAACUAGAGACAUGCUACAUUGGAAACUAAUUGAAAUCAUGCACUGCUGAUUUGCAUGCUUGCUUGUCUAUGGAACAUCUGCUUUGAAACAUUUUUAAAAAAAUAACAUCCGCUUUGAAAGCAAUUCACAGUGACAAUUGUUCUCUGCAAAAUCAAUGGCUUGCUCGCCCCUAGUAAACUUGCACGUGCCUUGUCUCAACAGACAAAAAUGAGAUCAAAUAUAUCUUGGGAUAAGUAAAUACAGAAAUUUCAUCUAAAAAUAAAAUGUAAAAGCUAUGUCAGACAGCCACAUCAGUGUUCCAUUCUGAUUCCUGGAACCUCAUUUGAGAUCUUAGGAAAUUAAAGUACAUUAUGUAUAUUCAUCAAUGGCAAAAUAAUUGAAGUUCGCGUAUGCUAUAAAGGAACGAAUCCGAUCUAUCUAAUUUUUUUAAAGGCUGCCAGCCAACCCGCCUCCAUGGCGCUCCUCCAGAUUGGGCGAUUCCUGGUCGUUGGAUCCGAGUAGAUUUCCCACCUUGGCUCCCCUUGGCCGUCCGAUUUUGACUGCUGUUUUCACUUUUUUUUACGUGAGUAUGACUGGUGGGCCUCUUCCUAGGUGGGGUCAUGUGAAGAUGGGUGGGUGCGGCCAUGUGAGGGUGUGAUUGGUUAUUCCUCCUGGAAAGCCCAUUGAGCACAACCGCAUGAACCCUAGCCCCCAAUCCACAGCCGCUACACUCCUCCCUCCUCCUCCACCCCAAGUCAUUCUCCCUUGCGAGCCUCCGCUCCAACUCCUCCCUCCCUCGUAUCUGCCUCUUCUCCGCUCCGAGCUCCUCUGACGCUUCCCGAGGUCAUUGUCAUCGCAUGAAAUCCCGUUGGUGGCCGCCGCCCCUACCGAUGAGAUCCACCGCCUCCCAAGGUCCUCAUCUCGUCGUCACCGCCUCCAUUUCCCCAUCCAUCCGCGCCCCGCUCGGCUGCGGCGUCCGCGAUUCGUGGUGUCACGGGGCGGAUGUGUGGUAGAGCACGAAGGGAGGCCGGCUAGCGCGGUGAGGAUGCGUAAGUGGCAGGAGAAGGGGGAACGGCGUGGUGAGGACCACCACGGCGUCUCGUGCUGCUCGCUAGAAGCUGCAAGCUCCCAUGCGACCUUGCUCGUCGUCUUCUUCUCGUGCACAACAUCCAGGUCCAUCAAUUUGUUAAUCCAAGAUUUGGCUCAGGAGAGUGCCGCAUAUGCAGGAAGACACGGAGAUGGUGAGUCAGUGACCAUGGUUGCUCUGUUGAGUUCAGGGGAGCAAAUCAAUCGAGGAACUCUGAUCUUAUGGUUUUUAGAAUUGUUUAUGUGUAAGCCACAGAUUUUCGUGCAUGAAACUGAUAAUCUUAACGAGGAUACGUGUGCUAUUUGUUAACCACAGCAUAUUGAAGUUGGUAACUCAACAUACCCGCUGCAUAUUUGUACCCUAGUGAAUGCCUGAAAAUAUUAUCCAUUCAUCAAAAAUAUCACUGCGACUGAAUACAAGUUUCUGUACUAAAUGUAGUUGUUUUCAUGUCAUCUAGAUUGUACCAAACAUAGUAACAAUCAAAUAUGCAAUUUUGGGCAAGGCUAAAUGCUACUCCCUCCGUCCCAUAAUAUAAGACGUUAUUACAACCAAUGUACCCACAUAUUGGUUGUAAUAACAUCUUAUAUUAUGGGAUGGAGGGAGUAUUAAAAAUUAGUCUUGGUUUAGUAUGGCAAUAGUUGUUGGUCACACCAAUUAAAGUGAUUUUAUUCGUCCUAUCAGGUUAUUUAAACUGCGGCAAGGAAUUAACAUUACAGCUCAUCUGCAUCAUGGCCCUCUCUGAUUUUCUUUGAUGUUGUUUCAUUCCUUCUCCAAGUAAUGCUUGUAAUAGUGUUUUGUCUGAAUUGAAAUAAUAUGUCAUAUCAGUAUAUUUUACCCCACGUCAUCUUCAAAAAGAUGUUUCUUUUCCGCAGCCCAAGAGACAACAUUAGUGUGGACGCCGGUGAGCAUCCUUCUUCCUUCCGAAUUGUGUCUAAUUGCCUCUGGUCAUAAACAGCAAGACACUGAUGGAGGAGCUGUCCAGCUCAUGCCGCGAUUAUUCCAGCUUUCCGUACUAAGAAAUCACUGAUUGCCAGGAAAGGGAAGUGGACCGUGUGCCACAGGCAUGGUCUAGCAGUUUGUCAUGUGGUUCCCUCUUUGCAGUGUGUUGCUUCUUAUUUUUCGACGGUGUUGUGAAUGCAGUUUUGCUUUGCUUUGCACCAGAGCUCUUAUUUUGGAUUGACCAGUUAACUACUAGGAUGAUGUCAUGAUGAUGCCUACCCUGCAUCCGUGCAUCGGGCCUUCUGCUCCAUGGAUCGGAAGUGAAAUCCUUUCUGCCUUAAUAUAUGCCCAAGGACACCAACCCCUUUGAUGUUUGUAGAGCAUCGGAAACGUUUCCUAAGAUUAUUUGCUACUUUAUAGCACUGUAUUUCCAUUGUGGCUACAUCAGGCACUAUCUGAUGCCAUGUAAUACAUGCCUCGAAGCAUCAACCUUUAUGACAUUUCGAGAAUGGCAAAAACUCCCUUGUUCGAUUUGCUAAGAAAGUAUGCUACCGUAUAAUAUAGUAUUUGCAGUUACUAUGUGCGCCGUCUAGGAUUGUGUGCUACUUACCCCCAUUGUUUGUGUGAAUAGCUUAUUUUUGUAUACAUGUGUUGCAGGACAUAGGUGCGCUUUUCACACAAAAGGGCACACCUGACCACCCAGGAGGCGCACAAAGGCGCGCUGAAGCAAUGCAGGCCCUGUAGCUUAGCAGAUGUGUGCAGACUCUGUAGCCUACUGUUUAACUGCUAUUGUUGUUGGAGCCAUUGGCUAUUUAUGCAUAAGAUGGAGGCAAACUCGGAUUUUUGUGAGGGGAACUAUUUUUUUUUCCAGAUGGCUUGCUCGUGAUGAGGUUGAUACUGAUGAACUGAUGGCGGGCAUCAAGGUUGCAUCUUAGCCACAUUUCUGUCUCUAUAGUUGCCAUUUAGUUGAUUAACAUGCAUUGUACUAUUUUCAGUCAAGCACACUCUGGGUCAAUAAAUAUUGAAUCAGCUACUUUUUAUAUCCCUGGACUAUAGAUAUUAGAUCCAUCAGAUAUGCCUAUACAUCUGAUAACAAGGAUAAGCUGAAACAAAUCUUUCCGUUUCCUUAAAUACAAGAAUUCAAAGACGUUAAGUAAAAUAUUUAUUCUAUUGAUCUCAUGAUAUUCUUAAAUACCUUAUAUUAUCCCUUCAAUUUAUGCUAUACUGCUUUACGAAACAAUUGAUUACGUGUGAUUAGACUUUGAUUUAUGGUCUUUGCAAGUGGUUAGGCUGGACAGAUUACACACACAUGUAUCAAGUAGAAGUAGAAGGUAAAAAAAGAGUAAAAUAAGGUAUUGCUAUUUUUGUGUCGAUGCCAGUUGGCAUAUGUAUAUUUGGUGCAGCGGAACACAGGCUACAUGUAAAUGGUGGGUGAUACCGUGCAUGUCCCAUCUUUUCCCAUGGUGCAGUGAAAUGUUUUGCAUUUAGUUGUAGUUCAGUACAGUAAAAUGGUGUCCAAUCUUUUUUGUCCUUCGAAAAAUAAAAUGAUAUCCCCUCCGUUCCAUAUUAGUUGUCGCUGAUUUAGUAUAAAGUUACUAAAUCAGCGACAACUAAUAUGGAAUGGAGGGAGUAGAUGUUUAAAAGUCUGCUUGAUCUCUCAUUGCUUAUCCUUCCAUAAACUGGAAAGCCAAAAUAGAUGUUUCAGUGUUCAACUUUAAGACUGUUUGAGCUUGAGCACUAUACAAUGUGGGUAUGCUGACCGUUUCUUAUGUUUUUAACAUCCGUAGACAAUGCGAUGUCAAUUUUGUAUUCAAUCCUUCACUUGAGUGAAUUACUUGUAUCGGGGGCUCCGGGGCUGCACUUUAUUCUAGACAAAGGAUGUGCAAUUUAUCAAGUGAAAGUGAGUCUAUCAGAUGUACUCCCUCCGUCCCACAAUAUAAGUUUGAAUCGAUACCAGUUGGCGCGAAGCACUACGGGCCGUCCAUCUAUCAUCCAACACUUCGCUCCUGCAUACCACUUCGCAGGAGAACAGUGAUACGGUGUUGAUCCUUCAUUGGACGGCUGAGGAGCACCCGAGUCGCUGUUCACUUUCCGGCAAAGGUCUACAGAGCCUUUGAGGGCAUUCUGUUUUGUAAGGGGUAAACCCUAGCCGCUAGCGUUCCUGGUUGGCCCUUAGGUGUAUCUGAACUCACACUAAAUCUCUCGCAAUCGAGCUCAAGUUUCCGUAAGAUUUGUUGAUUCAGUGAGUGCUUAACUGAAUUUAGUUAUUCAGACCACUCGGGUCUGACAUAGGAGUAUAUUGCUUAGAGUAACAUAAUAAUACAAAUUAGUUUUAAUAUUAUGGGAACAUAAAACAAGGAAACAUGCCAUUUGCACUAUCA